GACUGCCCUGUAUGUGUGGAAGUCAAAAUAGCACAUGAAAGUACCCUGAAAGCAGUCAUCACAUUUCAAGGUGAUGAAGUGUGCCACAGUGUAGAGGAGCUGAGGAGACGACACGUGUGAGCUGAUGAAAGGGAUAUUUUGGCCAAGCAAUUAGAGUCCACACAAGGGCCCUAUACUUACAAAAUCUCGAAAAAAUAGAAAGCACUGUGUUCGAGUCAGGAUGUCGGGAUAACGCCCCUACACCUGCAGUGCUUAAAAACAUCUCAUGGACCAGCAGGAAAAAAGCUCGCCGUCAUCAUAAUGAAGUACUCAGCCUUCAGAAAAUGGUAGAGGAGAGAACCGAUUCAGAUAAAGUUCUUCAGAAAGUUAUCUUGCAUCCCCGAGGAGUGAUGCUGUGGUCACAAGAUUCCAUCCGUCUGUUCCACCAACGAUGUAAAACUGAUGUUGUUUACAUCGAUGCCACAGGGAGCAUCAUACAGAAGGGUAAAGGAAGAUCAGCCCCAUUUUAUGUUUAUGAGCUUGUUGUAAGGCAUCCUAACAAGGGUGCCUCUCCAGUUCCUGUGGCAACUUAUGUAACUUGUGACCACACCACCUCAUCUGCGAUGUACUUUCUUCAGUCAUUUCAAACGGAUUAUUAUCGUUUGUUUGGAAAAACAUCACAGGGGAGACCAGUACUCAUUAUGUGUGAUGGGUCCCUUGUUUUACUUCAGGCUGUUGCCUACAGUUUUUGUAGAGUAUCUCUUGGCCAGUUGCUCAAAGUCUAUUAUGACAUUGUAACUGGAAAGUUGAAGGAUGAGAAAAUGAAGGUUCCUAUUCUUCAUCGUUGCUUGAGCCAUGUGAUGAGGAAUGCCAAAGUCUUCUGUAAAAAACAUUCCCCCAAAAACUACCGACUGUCAAUGCAUGUAUUUGGCCUGUUGACAUCUGCAGCUACAUUGGUUGAAAUGGAAGACAUUCUGUUUAGCAUGGCAGUUGUCUUCUCAAGCCCCCAGUGCGGGGAGAAUGUGGAGAAACAUUUUCUCAAUCUUCAGACCAAGAUGCUAAACAUGGGCAUUUCUGGUGAUCUGACAGAAGUAACAGAGGAGGACUUGGAGCUCGACAUGGGACCUACACCUUUUCAGAGGCACUUUGAGGACAUCAUUGCCGAUGCACCUGUGCAGGAUAAGGGGGAGCCAAAUGAGUACUACUCUCCCACAUUUAUGCCAAAUCUGGUGAAGCACUUCCUGCCUCAGGCUCCUCUCUGGUCCGCACUUAUGCUGGGAAAUUUGAGCCGCCAUGGAAAGGGUCCUGCCUACCAAAAUCUGUCAAAGAAAUUUGAGAGAUGCUGUCAGCUGGACACACAGAAUUAUACCAGUGACAACAAAACACAAGGCAUCAUGGAGAAAAGCCAGUGGGACCUGAAGCGUGUGCGCUUUCAAAGACGUCGGUUCACAAGGCUGGACGAUUUUGUCCAUAUUUAUCAAAAAACACAUUGUGCCUUGCUGAAAGACACAAGGUGGACGUUGAGCGCUGGAGACAAACAAGGCAGUCCAGGAAAGGCAUUUAUGUAUCACCAUUACUAA